AUGACAUCUACCCUCCCAAAAUUACCCCUCUUCGAAGCUAUCUCAAAUCAUGAACCCAAAUCUAUAUCGGUAAUACAUUCAGCAUCCGGGAGACCCUUCACAUAUGGGCAAUUACUACAUGAUGUCGCAGAAAGAAGAGACGAGCUUUUGAACGAGGCCGGGGGAAAAAGAUUAGAAGGAGAAAGGAUUGCUUUUCUUGUAGGGAAUAGCUAUGAUUACGUGGCCGUUCCGCUGUCCCCCGCAUUUCCUGCCCAUGAAUUGCAGUAUAUCUUGGAUCAGAGCGAAGCUUCAAUGCUAUUAUCUUCCAACAAAUUUGAGAAUAAGGCUCAAGAGGUGAUGAAUAGUGAUCUGAAGGCAAAACCUAAGCAAGUGAAGCUUGAGAAGAAGCUUGAGAACUUGGAUUUUGGAAGAGUCACAAUAGAAGGACCAUCAGAAGGCAAAGGAGGAAUGAUGUUAUACACAUCAGGGACAACCAAUAGACCAAAAGGCGUCCUGCUUCCCCAAUCCGUCUUAACAGCACAAUCAAAAUCUCUGAUUGAAGCCUGGGACUACAGUCCUCGAGAUCAUCUGCUUCAUGUCCUCCCACUCCACCACAUCCAUGGCAUCGUAAACGCAAUCCUUGCCCCCCUAUUCUCCGGCUCCACAAUCGAAUUCUUAUUCCCCUUCAAUGCCACCGCCGUCUGGCAGCGCUUCGCUGCCCCAUUUUUACCAAAUCCUAAAACCAAGGAGCCCAUUACAUUUUUCACGGUCGUCCCUACCGUCUACAAUCGUCUUCUAGCAACGCACAAAGAUCUCCCCGCAGAAUCCCAAUCCGCAGCCAAAGAAGCCAUCUCCCCCCGCAACCUCCGCCUCAACAUCUCCGGCAGCGCUGCCCUCCCAACCCCCACCAAAAACGCCUGGUCCACCCUCUCCUCCAACAACAUCCUCCUCGAACGCUACGGCAUGACCGAAGUCGGCAUGGCCCUCUCCUGCGGACUCUCCCCCGGCGACCGCGUAGACGGCAGCGUCGGCUGGCCCCUCCCCUCCGUGCAAAUCCGUCUCGUCGACACCGAAACCCACGAGAUCAUCCUCCCCGGCGCCGAACUCGAUGCCAACGGCAAAGAACGCGACGGAGAAAUCCAACUCCGCGGCCCCACCAUCUUCAAAGAAUACUGGCGCAACCCAGAAGCGACACUUAAAGAACACGUUGAAGAUACUGAUGGCGGCGGUCGCUGGUUCAAAACCGGCGAUGUGGCCGUGCGUCGCCGUAUCGAUAGCGCUGGAAAAAGCCAUCAGGAAUGGGCUCAAGGCCCCAUGUAUUUCAUCCGCGGCCGUAAAUCCGCCGACAUCAUCAAGUCCGGCGGGGAAAAAGUAAGCGCCCUCGAAGUCGAACGGGAAAUGUUGUCGCUCCCCCAGAUCUCAGAAUGUGCAGUCUGUGCCGUGCCAUCGGGAAAAUGGGGUCACAAGGUUGGUGCGGUAGUGGUACUCGACGAUGAGUAUCUAGAGGGCAAGAGAUGGGGUCCCUUGGAUUUGAGAAGAGCACUCAAGGAUCGAUUGGCCGGAUAUAAGAUCCCGCAGGUCAUGAGGGUGGUAGAGCAUAUUCCGAGGAAUGCCAUGGGCAAGAUUAACAAGAAGGAGCUGGUGAAGAGUGUUUUCGUCGAGGAUGUUAGUGGGGAUGACAUGUAA